UCCGAGUUCUUUACCAUUUAGGAAUCCAUUUAUUCUUCGAUCGGAAAAAGUGCAUAGAAAAGCCACCUCCUCCUGCGUUAAUUUAAGUUUUGUUCUGUUCUUUUCCUGUGAAAUAUCAUGUUCAGCACGCUCGAGCACCUGAAACGCCGAACUCCGGAGGGAGGAAUAAAUCGCAGAACGUACAUUCAGUUGCUCGUAGAUGAAUAUUACGAAACAUCGAAUGUCGAGGCACACCAACAAGUGACCGCUAAUCUGGCCAACUUCGCUUAUGAUCCCAUCAACUGGCGCUUUCUGCAGGAAGCAAAAGCGCACGAGUUGUUUUACGAAAUCCUCGGCGAAGGAAUCGUGGACCGUUUGCUCGUUGUGCACGCCAUCGUAGGUCUAACCAACAUAUCACUGGAUCCCGGUAUCGCGGAAUACCUGAUCCGCAGCAACGGUUUGAAGCGACUCGUGGAACUGCUGGAGAAGUACAUCGCGGAUUGCGAGAUAGUCUGUAAUGUGCUGACCUGCUUGACCUUUCUGCUUAAUGCCGAACGAUCUCAGACGUUGCUGAGAGAUCAGAAACUGUCGUCAUUACUAGUGCGUUUGAGGCAGAACGCGAAUCCCAGAAUUUCCAACCUUGCCGUGGUACUCUCGGAAGACCUCAAACAGAUAACGAUGCUGCGAUCGUUACUCCAAACCCGGUGCUUUAGCGUCAGUAGUGGCGUGACUGUGGGAACAGUUUUCCGUGUCACGCGAACAUUCCGGGAGCAGGAUCUACAGCACUUUGUUGCCCUCACCGGCGACAGUAAUCCGAUUCAUGAGACGACGAUGCCGACGGAUAUCAACUCGGGUGCAUUCGUAAAUGGAGCUUUCCUGAAUGCCGUUAUAGCCGGCAUCAUAGGCACGAAUUUCCCCGGGCAUGUUGUAACAAUGCAACAGUUUCGCUUUCCAAACCGUUGCCACUUGCACCGUGAAGUUGCAUUCAGUGUACGGGUAGAGGAGCUGCGCAAAAUUGUUACCGUUUCGUACGAAAGCAAACAGGAUGAUCGCACUGUUUUCGAAGGCACCGCCAAACUGUUUGCGUUGAAAACGUAAGCAAAUCGACGGCGCCAGGGGAACUGCACAGCUGGCAGAACGCAACUUUCUACUACCGGUGCAAAAUGUUGCAAAUUGUGUUCAUGCUACAUAGUGAAAGUGGCCACUAAUGUGUAAAUAAAUUUCGAAACACAA